AGGGCCCAGGCACAAGAAACCAACACUUGAGUUCACUUCACCUCUACUACACAGGACAGCGCACACGGCACACCCCACCCACCAGGGCCACUACCAGGUCACCACUCAGGCACUCACCACCACCGCUCUCUCGGAGGCCAAAUCCCCCAAGACCAAGGGAAAGGAGGGAGAGAAAGAGACCGUCCCCUCCCCUCCUUUCCUUUCGGUGAGGUGGUGAGCAAUGGAGCCGGCAGCGGCGGUGGAGCGGCUGGCGCAGCGCCUGGUGCCGCCGGCGGAGCCCACCCCCACCGGCCCUCACGGCCUGUCGUGGCUGGACCGGUACCCGACGCAGAUGGCGCUCAUCGAGUCGCUGCACGUCUUCAAGCCCGACCCGGCGCGUGACGGGGCGAGCCCCUCGGAGACCAUCGAGCGGGCCCUCGCGCGGGCGCUGGUCGACUACUACCCGCUGGCCGGCCGCCUCGCCGUUUCCGAGGGCGCCGGGGGCCUCCACGUCGACUGCAGCGCCGAGGGCGUCUGGUUUAUCGAGGCCGCUGUGCGGUGCCGCCUGGAGGACGUCGACUACCUCGAGUACCCGCUCCAGAUCCCCAAGGACGACCUGCUGCCGCACCCGCUGCCGAGGCCUACCCACCAGGAGGAGAGCAAGCUGAUCCUACUCGUCCAGGUGACAGCGUUCGAGUGCGGCGGCUUCGUGGUGGGCUUCCGGUUCAGCCACGCGGUGGCGGACGGGCUCGGCGCGGCCAAGUUCAUGGGCGCGGUGGGGGAGCUGGCGCGCGGGGCGGACCGGGUCUCCGUGGCGCCCACCUGGGCCCGCGACGCCAUCCCGGACCCGGCCGGCGCGCUGGUCGGCAGCCUCCCCGAGCCCACGGGCGCCAAGCGCCUCGAGUACCUGGCCGUGGACAUCUCCGCUGACUACAUCGACCACUUCAAGUCCCAGUUCGCGGCGGCCACGGGCGGGGGCCGCUGCUCCGCGUUCGAGGUGCUCAUCGCCAAGGCGUGGCAGAGCCGCACCCGCGCGGCGGGGUUCGAGGACCCGGACACCCCCGUGCAGCUCUGCUUCGCCAUGAACGCGCGGCCGCUUCUCGGCGCCCGCCUCCCGCGUGGCGGCGCCGGCUUCUACGGCAACUGCUACUACAUCAUGCGCGUCGCAUCCACGGCCGACAAGGUGUCCUCGUCGUCCGUCGCCGACGUGGUGAAGGUCAUCAGGGAGGGAAAGAAGCGGCUGCCGUCCGAGUUCGCGCGGUGGGCCGCGGGGGAGGAGGACGCCGACCCCUACCAGAUCACCUCCGACUACCGGACGCUGCUGGUGUCGGACUGGACGCGGCUGGGCUUCGCGGAGGUGGACUACGGCUGGGGCCCGCCCGCCCACGUGGUGCCGCUGACGAACUUGGACUACAUCGCCACGUGCAUCCUCGUCAAGCCAUGGGCCCACAAGCCAGGGGCGAGGCUCAUCACGCAGUGCGUGACGCCCGACCGCGUCUCGCGCUUCCACGACGCCAUGGUGGACAUGAACUAGUGUCCCGUCGACCACACGGCCUUCGUCUCCGUCAGCCCCCCGUUUGUUCAUCGGUUUCUUGAUUUUUUUUCUCUCGUCUCCGUUACUGUGGUAAUUAGCAGUCGGUAAUUAGUAAUCACGUUGCAGCCUUCUGGCGAGUGGUCAACAACAACAACAAAAAUGCAAACAGUAAACUAAUACGUAUAGCAAUAACAAAAAAGAUACUAAUAACAAAGGUGGUGGCGUACAUACAGACAAGACAAGCAGCCAGCUAGAGCCAGGAGAGGUGAAAUGAAGGACAGGAGGAGAGGUAUGGCGGGACAGCUAGAAUAGUUGUUGGGAUUGGUAUUGGAUUCCUUAUUUUCUUUGGGUGUAUUCUCUUUUGUCGGUGCCGGGUUUUUUCUCUUUUGUGCUCCUUUCUGGUUCUUGGGGGCUUUGAUUUGAAGGAAAUAUCAAAGCUGGACUUGGUGGGAAGCCACCAACUAGUCUGCCCCUAAAUACUAUAAUCAGAUUUUAUUUGUAAUAUAGUAGUGUUAACUCUUUUUUUUGGGUCAAAUUGUAUACACAUGAACUACAAGAUAUGUGAUCUUGCAAAGAAACAUAGCAGUAAUGGGUACAUACUGCAUAUUAUUUUUCGCGUGAA